AUGACAACCAGGGUGUACUUCCAAACAAGACAGAACCAAAGGGUUGCCACGAUAGACCCGAUAAACGAGAUGGUGAACCAGAGACGUUCUUUGGAAAUCAAAUGGGCGGUAAACUUGGACAAUCCGUUCAUGAAGGCGAACGAGGUCAAAAAUAAGAUUGAUCCGAGCGACCAUAGCACGGCAAACUUCCGGGGCUUGAGGGAUAGUAAUGGGAGUAGAAUAAGACACAGGCCGUAG